GCUGGGAGCUCCUGGAGUAGUAGUAAUGGCAGGGUCUGGACGUGCAGCCGCGGCAACCGCCCGGUUGGCGGGUCUUAGAGGCUCGGGACAGCCGCACGCGCGGCGGCAGCAGCAGUCGCAGGGACAGCAGCGCUCGGCCUCACGGCCCGGACAGCGCAGCAAAGAAAAGAAGAAAGUGAAUUGCAAGCCCAAGAACCAAGAUGAGCAAGAAAUCCCUUUCCGACUCCGAGAGAUUAUGAGGAGCCGACAGGAGAUGAAAAAGCCGCUCAGUAACAAGAAGAGAAAGAAGGAGGCCCAGGUGGCUUUCAGGAAGACCUUGGAAAAGGAAGCAAAGGGAGAAGAGCCAGACAUCAUUGUCCCCAAGUUCAAGCAAAGGAAGGGAGAGUCUGAUGUGGCCUACAUCCAGCGCAUGGAGCAGGAGGCCCAGCAUGUGCUGUUCCUUAGCAAGAACCAGGCCACUCGGCAGCCAGAGGUGCAGGCAGCUCCCAAGAAGGAGAAGUCUGAACGGAAGAAAGCGUUUCAGAAGCGGCGACUUGAAAAAGCCCAGAAGAAAAAGGAGGCACGAGCAGUGGAGAGACUGGAGCAGGAGCUGCUCAAAGACACUGUGAAGUUUGGAGACGUUGUGCUACAGCCCCCAGAGCUGACAGUCCAGCCUAGAAGGAGCAUGAGCAGAGAUGCGCCUGGCAAGAAAUCGCUAAUGCUAAAGAUGCUUGGCCCUGGUGGUGUGUCCCCGACUCCAGCCACCUCACUGGCCCGCCAGCGGAUCCUGGGGGAAGAGCGGGAACGUGCUGUGCAGGCUUACAGAGCCCUGAAGAAGCUGCAGCGACAGGAAGUGACGCCUGCCCAGCCACCUGGCAGCUCUUCUCAGAGGAAGCUCCAAACUUGUCUGUGAUUCAGAGACCCAGGGGUCCAAUCCCCUGGAAACUGGCCUGGGAGCUGCUAGACCUGGAAAGGGAAAGACAGCAGAUGCUUUUCUCUGGAUAGGGGCCUGAGCAUAAGCUUUCAGUAUGGGGAAGGGUGCUUUCCUUUCCCCUUCCCCUUUUAAGAUCAUCCUUCUCAGAGUGACCACCCAGGAAUCCCGUCCCGUACAGGGCACAGAGGAGAGGGCUGGUGUUUCCCUGAGCCUAGCUUCAUUCUGAAACAAGACUCAGGGAAGACAAGCCAGGACCACUGCAGAAAGGACUCAAUUCCUAAUCCAGCUGAUUACUGAAGCUGCUGAUGAAGGUCAGCCUUGUGUCUUAAGAGGCUCCCCGGGUUCAGUGCAAUGCAAGGCAGGGACGGGGCAAAGCAGGUUAACAGGACCGUGGAAGGGCAGUCAGCACCUUAUUUGCCUGCAGGGGUCUGUACAAGAGGCCAGAGCCCCAGUCUAGGUUUGGUUUGGAUAGAGAUGGGGUGUCAGUACUGGCUGAGCACCUUGAGGUAUACACAUAGCCAGGUUUCAGUGGUAGGAAGGGCAGAGGGGUUAUACCAAGAAAGUAGGAACAGGUCCAUGUCCUGCAUAACAGUCCUCUGGGAAAUAGGGCAGGCCUUCUGAGAGGACCAGGGUUGGAAUCUGGUUGAGCAUGUCUCCCAUAGUACCAAAAGAGGGAGUACCUGAUCUAAACUCACCUAAACCUCAGGAGUGUGGUACCACCCAAUAAUCCUGGCACCUAGGAGGUAGAGGUGGAAGAACUGGGAGUUCAAAGCCAGUCUUGACUACAUGAGACGGUAUUUAAAACAAACAACAACAA